AUGGCCCUCACCUUCGAAUGUGUUCCCCUCAAAGUCCGGGGUGUCAACCUCAACCUAUCAACGAUCCACAACCUUAAUUCCACACCACCAAUUUUGUUCCUUCACGGCUUCGGCUCUAGCAAGGAGGACUUGGCCGAUCUGACAAUUCAAUCAACUCUCAAGCACCAUGGUUUUAUCGCUUACGACGCACCGGGCUGCGGCCACUCGGAAAGCGACAACCUCUCUGCAACAGAUAUCCCUUUCCUCGUGGAAACCGCACAAGCAGUCCUUUCUCAUUUCAAAAUCACGAAAUUUCAUUUAAUGGGCCACUCAAUGGGUGGACUAACAGCACUAUUACUUGCAAACCGUCAUCCUCAGAACGUUCUUAGCUUCGUGGAUAUCAAAGGCAAUCUCGCGCCAGAGGAUUGCUUUCUCAGUCGGCAAAUUUUCAUGUUCCCAGCUGAUGACGACGAGGCGUUUCUGGAUGCUUUUAUUGAGCGCACGCGUACGUCAGGCUCAUUCGCCAACGCCAUGUAUGCCAGUACACUGCGUGUGCGAGUCAGGCCGGGUGCUGUUCGAUCUAUCUUUGAAUCCAUGGUGCAAUUGACCGAUCACGGAAAUUUGAUGGAUAAAUUUUUGGCAUUGCCGUGUCCACGCAUGUUCAUGUUUGGCGAGGAAAUGCGUGGCUUGUCAUAUUUGCCAUUGCUGGAGAAAGAGGGCGUUGAGUUGGCGGAUAUUCCGAACAGUGGUCAUUUCCCGAUGUAUUCUAACCCUGUGGAAAUGUAUCGCCGCAUUGCAAUCUUUUUAGAUCGGUGCGGGUAG